AUGUCGAUGUUCUCCCGCUGGGAUGCGACUGGCGAUUCUGGCGGUUCCGACGGCCGCCAGGAUAAUGAACUCACUGAUUCGCUCUUAACAGCGUGCGACAAUGCGCCGCUGGAGGCGCUGGAGAUUGGGUCGCAGGCGCGCGACCCGGGCGACGUGUACGACGUUUUUCCGCUGCUGGCGAUGCCCCUGCGACUGCUGGGAUCUGGGCGAAACAGCAUGCCGAUUUCGUGGAGGAUUGUAACCAUCGCAGCGGACGACGAGCUGGUGACGAGCGGGCAGCUGAAACAUUCCAUGCGCGAUUUGUUGGAUCGCGUUCGCGAGUGGGCGAAAAAGUCGGAGUCCUUUGGCGAAAUAGUGGGACCAGGUCGCUCUCCCAAUCUCUGCUUUGGCGCCUUCCCAUCGCCAUCGCCCGCGGAAGCAGAAAACAGAGAGGCGGGCGAAAGUCAAUCCGGACUUCAAGACUUCAAGAGCAAUGAGAGAGGAGCGUGGGGCGGCGGAAGCGGAGGUGUAGGAGGAUCGCUGAGAAGGAUCUCAAGAAUCAAAGGUCGAUAUUCAAAGGUUGAACACGAGAAGAGAGGAGUGGAUGAAGCGGAGGAGGAGGAAUGGGGUAAGACUGCAAGGGAAGCAGAUGAGAAGGAGCAAGUGGAGAAAGCAGCAAGGCAAGCCUGGGAGGCUGAGGAGACGGAGACAGCAGCAGAGCAGAGGGAGCAAGCGCGGGAAGCGGUGCAAGCAGUGCUGUAUGCGCACAGCACCUGGCUAAUCCUCUGCCCCACUCUGCGCCGACCUGCUCUCAGGCGCCUGGAGAAUCGCCACUGUGGCAGCUCGCACCUGCCCGAAAAAGGCCAUGGCAGCUCUCACCUGCCCGAGAAACACCAUGACGGCUCGCACCUGCCGGGGAAGCAGCAGCAGCAGCAGGAGGAGGAGGAGGAGCGACAGGAUAGGCUUUUCCGCAGCCCUGUAAUAUCGCGUCAUAUGUCCAGUGCUCUGCCGGUUCCCUCUUGGUCCUUCUCUUCCUCUCCGUCUUCUCCCUCUUCUUCUCCCUCACAUUCGGCCUCGUAUAAGGCAGCUUCGUUACCGUCUAAGGCCGCACGCUCCAGGCGGGCGGCUUAUCAAACCCGCCAAAGCAGAUCCGAUACGGAUAUCAGCGCCACGGGCGUGUGGAGGCUGAUUUCUCCUCCAGAGAGCUAUGGGCUUCCGGGGCUGGUGUCCGCUGCUCAUUCCUCUCUUCUCAGCCCCUCUCACUCUCUGUCUGGAUUGACUCUAAAGUUACACCUUCCUCCUCGAUCCCCUCCUCUCACUCCCUCAUCUCGAUCCCCUCUGCUCACUCCCUCAUCUAGAUCCCCUCCGCUCACUCCCUCAUCUAGAUCCCCUCCGCUCACUCCCUCAUCUCGAUCUCCUCAUCUCACUUUCUCAACGCAAUCCCCUCCCUUCACUCCGUCUCAAUCCCCUCCUCUCCCUCCCUCAUCUCAAUCCCCUCCUCUCCCUCCCUCAUCUCAAUCCCCUCCUCUCCCUCCCUCAUCUCAAUCCCCUCCUCUCCCUCCCUCAUCUCAAUCCCCUCCUCUCCCUCCCUCAUCUCAAUCCCCUCCUCUCCCUCCCUCAUCUCAAUCCCCUCCUCUCCCUCCCUCAUCUCAAUCCCCUCCUCUCCCUCCCUCAUCUCAAUCCCCUCUCACUCCCUUGCCGCUGUCCCCUCCCCUCACCCCUUUGUCUCAAUCCCCUCCUCUCACUCUCUCGCACUCCUCCACCGCGCCUCCAUCCCCCCCUGCUCGCCGUUACAGCGUACAAUCGGUCUGCCAGCACCACGGCAGCAUCUCCAGGGCCCGGCAAGCGGGUGUCGUGGAACCUUGA